AUGUUCGCUCCCAUGUCCAAAGGAGGCUCCGACGAUGCGUGGCAGGCUCAGGAUGACGCAGGAUCGCUCAAACCUGGACGUUUCCGAGCAUAUCUUGCCGAUCAACUAUCAGCACCAGGAUCCACAGCCACUUCACCGGCGUCGCGGUCGAUUCCGUUCCGCAGGGAGGCAGGUACUGCGACCUCGACCGGUCGACGUGAUACCAAGUCCACCGUAGACAAAGGCAAAUCAAGAGACGUGGACAGAGUCUUUCUGCCUAGCCUCAACCAGCCUGAAGCCAGCACAUCCACCAGCUUGGGCAAACGGCUAGCGACAGGCUUUGGCUUCCGUCAAGCCGCCAACAAACCUAGCAAAGCCGUCGGAGGACCCGGCAUCUUGCGUCCAACCGAUCCUCGCACAUCGGCUUAUCCGACCCGCUCCCUCUCUCGUGACGGCCACCUUCCAUCGCGAGGCAUCUUUGCCAAAAACGCUCAGUCAUCAGCAGCGGCACUCGGACCAUCACCUUUCCAAUCGCCUCCACCUCGCAGACGCAGGGUCACGAGCAUACGCGAUCGAAACUGGGAAAGGGAACGCGAGAGGGAGAGGCUGCGACCCGAUCGCAAUUGGCUCAACAACCUCAUACGGCCACCACGAGAAAUGGUAGAAGAAUGGCUCGAUAGCUGGUGGAAACGCUGGUUCGCACUUGCCGGUCUGCCGAGUCUGGUGGUGUGGAUCUGGUGUGCGGUGCCGUUUCCGAAGACGGACCCGUAUGAUCCGGACCUGCCUUGGUGCAAUCCGGGCGAAGAUGGGAGGUCGGGCGAUCCGAACAAUCCGCCGUGGUGCUAUCCGGCCAACAUGACCUCUUCGACCCUUGGCACAGCACCAGCGACGUACACAUCACUGUCAGCUUCGACAGCCAGUCUGCCGACAGUCUCAGGCUUCGCUUGGAGCAUAGCUAACAUGCUGUUGUCCAAAUUGGCAGUCACAUCAGGUUCACCCUCGACAGCGCACCCUCCCAUCGGCGACGGCGAUCGUCUCACGGUCGACGCCAACUUUUGGUUCUUCCUCAUCUUCUACUACGGAAUCUACGUCGGCGUCGCACUCAUCUACAUAACACAGCUGUUCGGCCUGUACAGACUCAACUGGUGGCCAGCGGCGCUUGGUGCAAAGACUUCCUAUUCGUUCUUCUGGAUCGGCAGUCUUGUCGCCGGCUGGAUCUUGCACGAGAUGGAUCCGCUUGGCACUGAGACUCGGCAUCGUCCUGCCGCUGGAGGCGAUCCGCCAUCUACGUCGUUGCUGUCGCUGCCAAGUGCCGCGAACUUGCAGCAAUGGUCCAUAGCGGCGACGACGACAACCCUAGUAGACACCAAACCUUCGAUCGACGAUGCAGACAUUCAGUGGCAGCGCAAGACGUUGUGGGUCGGCUUGGCGUUUGCAACUAUGGCCAUGCCGGCGCUGGUGUGCUUUGUAGGGCUGCGAAGGAGCGGGAGGCAGACGUACAGACACAGCCUGACGGACCAUCAAAAGACGUUUUUGGAGCGACAGCUGAAUCGACGCAUCCCCUCGUCCUACAUCCGGUUCCUGUGGUUCAUGUCGACCAUCGGGAUAUCGCUGUUUGCGCUCAUCGCAGGUCAAGGUUACGCAUCGGUGUACCUGUCGACGCUACCGCAUACGGGUCUCGAUGGUGUCGCCUACGUCUCGUUCUGGACGCUUACGGUGAACGGCUUGGCGCUGGUGUCUCACUGGAUCUUGGAAUCCAAAGUUCGAAGUCGAGCGUUGGUGUUCGCGUUCAAGUACUACUACUUUUUGGUGUACUUCAUCUUCUACCGGAACCUUUUCGCUCGACUCCGAUCGUUUGAUCAGUUCGCACUGGUUCAGUUGCUCUCUUCGUUCUGGAUCUGCAUCUGGUAUCCGCUCUCGAUGUCACGUCUCUGUCACCGAGUUGUGCAGUACUUCAACCCAUCGCCUCGUUCUUGGGAGGAGUACGUAGAGUCCAUCGGACUUGCAUUUUACCUGCGCAAUCUGGCACAGAACACCACCAUGCUCGCCUUCCUCGGUUGGGUCAGCAUUCUGCAUUUCGGAUCCAACCAGUCGCUCUACCCGUUCUUCGCCUACGACAACAAACACGAUCCGUACAACUAUCAGCUGACGAUGCUGGGAAGUCUGGCGAUCUGGGCGAGCGAGUUGGCGAGCAGCUUUGUGGCUAGACAGAUCUGCUACUGGGCGUUCAAGGUGGACGUUACGAAUCUGGGGCUGGACGAGAUGAGGGAGUUCCCGGAGCUGUUGACGACGAUCGGGUGGGGGAGCGUGCAUACGUUGAUGGACAUGCUGAUGUUUUUGAUCAAGCUGAACUUUCGAUGA